UCCACAGCCAAUAAGAAUUUGAGUCAUGUUCCCUGCAAGUUUUUUAAACAGGGGAUAUGCCAGGCGGGGAAGUCAUGCCCAUUCAGCCACAACGUGGACGGCACGCUGUCGGCCGACAAGCUUCCAUGCAAGUACUUUCAGAAGGGCAACUGUAAGUUUGGGAUGAAAUGCGCCUUGGCUCACAUCUCGCCGGAC